GAGCAGCGAAAUCUAUCAAUCACCAUCAACUCAAGCUAGCGGCAACAACCAUCGAGAUGUGGCGUCUUCAUUUGUUCCUACUCCUGUCCACCUGCUUUCUGGUGCCUCACGAUGCCAAGCCCACGAAGCGAUCCCCGGUUGGAUUUUCAUCGACCACACUGGUCUCGCUACUUUUGGAAACGGAAACUGGCAAUGGAACCACCGAUGUGCCCACAACUACUGAAACAACGACCCUAAGGACUCAGCGAGUGACAAACAUUGGACGAUUGGCCUCCAAGGAUCUGGCCGAUUUGCUCUUGGCCAGUAUGCAGGCACGGGGUGCCAAGUUGACCUCCUCCCAAGAAUCCACCAUGAAAUCGCUGCGCACCGAGGAAGGCAAGGAUACGAAGGGCAACAAUGUGUUCCUGCAGAUUGGCAUGGAUGUAAUCAUUGAUAUCUUGAUUGGAGCUCGUGAUAACGCCACUUGUGGAAGGAUCAUCCAGGACAUCGAUCAGUCGCAGGACCGAAACACCUUGACUCUGACACUCAAAUCCUUUUUGGCCCUCUGCGUCUUCAACGGCAUCGAGUGCGCCAAGGAUGAGGUGAGCCAGGUGAUCAAGAGCACCCACUUCCGCCAGAAGCAGCAGAUCAAGAUCGUUCACGAUGACAAUGACCACCAGCAGUCGGAGGGCUCGGGUCUUCGCACCGCCCGUCGCGUGGGCGUGAUCAAGGAUGAUCGCAACUCGGUGCUGAAGUUCCUGCAGGCACGCAACAUCAAGGAACUGAGCACCAUCCUUAAUACCCUGCUGAAGUUGUGCGGCGCCUCGGGUGGUGAGGCCCACAAAAUCAUCAGAAAUUUGCGAGAGAUGGGUCCCGAUAACGUCAGCCUGUUGCAAGUGAACGCUUUCAGCAUGCUAUCCGUAUCCCUUUUGGACAGUCUAUCGACCAUUGCCGAGGGUAAGAUCAGCGGCUUGUGCUCCGCCUCCCCCGAAAGCUGGAUCGUCCGCCUGCUGGCAAUGGGCGUGGACAAAGUGGUGCUAAUGGGCCUGAUGACCGCCCUCGAUCGCACUAUCGUCAACUCCUCCAGCGCUGAAAUGACCAAUGCCGCAGCGCUCAACAGCAUCAAUGGUGGCGAUUUUUCAAACUCGAAGUCCAAGGUUGACCAAAAGACAGCGGCCAAGCGUGCCAUUCUGGAUUCGGGCUCGGGUAACGAUUUUAAUCUGGCCCCUUCAGUGGAGGAAAUCGGCAAUCUGAAUACAGUCAACGAUCUUAUUAAUGCCAAUGUGCCCGUUGGAGCUAAUCUCCCAGUUUUGAGCACAAUUGAUGGGUCCAGUUCUAGCGGCAACACGCUCAACCAGUCCUCUGAUGUAGUCCUUGAUGGAGACUCAAACAAUUUCAACCGCCUAGUAGGUGCCAAAAUUCCCGUUCUAGCCAAUGCUCCAAUUUUGUCUAAUAUAAAUGGUGGAAGUGGCUCUGGGGGCGUGGGCAACAAUUUCAAUUUGGCACCAUCUGUCCAAGAGAUUGGCGAUUCCAACACGGUCAAUGAUCUAAUUAAUGCCAAUGUGCCAGUGGGAGCUUCUCUGCCAGUGUUGAGUAGCAUAGACGGAUCUGGCUUCAGCGGCAACACCUUGAAUCAGGGAACUGAUGUGCUGGUCAACGGAACCGGAAACACGUUUAACCGUUUGGUGGGCGCUAGAAUUCCGGUUUUAGCAAAUGCUCCGAUUUUGUCUUCGAUCAACAGUGGAAGUUCCGGCACUUCUGGUUCCUCGUCGUCGGGAUCUUCUAGCUCAGGUUCUUCGUCUAGCUCAUCGGGAAGUUCAUCUGGUGUGGGAAACAAUUUCAAUUUGGCACCAUCAGUUCAAGAAAUAGGCGAUUCCAACACUGUUAAUGAUCUUAUUAACGCCAAUGUGCCAGUGGGAGCUUCCCUGCCAGUGUUGAGUAGCAUCACCGGAUCUGGUUUCACCGGCAACACUUUGAAUCAGGGAUCUGAUGUGCUGAUCAACGGAACAGGAAACACGUUUACUCGUUUGGUGGGCGCAAGAAUUCCGGUUUUAGCGAAUGCUCCGAUUUUGUCUUCGAUCAACAGUGGAAGUUCUAGCACCUCCUCUGGCUCCUCUUCUUCGGGUUCAUCUACUAGUUCCGGAUCUUCUGGGUCUUCAACGUCGGGCUCUUCGGGUUCGGGUUCCACAUCUUCAUCUUCUGGCACUCCUAGUUCCUCUGGCUCGUCCGUACUUGGCAACAAUGUGAAUGUUAAAGGCGAUACCAUAACUGGAAAUAAGAAUUUCCUUUUCAAACUGCUUGAUCUUGGUCUGCCGAUCUCCUUGGCCGCUCCGGUUUUGAGUAUUAUUAAUCAGGGCUCUUCCACUGGUUCAUCGACGGGUUCAUCGACUAGUUCAUCGACUGGCUCAUCGACUGGUACUUCCUCUGGUUCCUCCACUGGUUCUUCCUCUGGUUCUUCGGGCGUUACUUCAACUGGUUCUUCGAAUAGUACUUCAAGUGGCGCCUCAGUGGGAAAUAAUGCUAACAUCGAUCCUAGCGUUGAUAUUGUUGGAAAUAACAAUCAAGUUACCAAGGUCGUUGAUGCCAACGUUGAUGCAUUGGCUAAUGUCCCGGUCCUUAGCAAAAUUACUGGAACUGGAUUUGCCAAUAAUCUGAAUCAAAAAUCCAAUGUACUUAUAAGAGGUGAUAACAAUACGGUAACAAAGGUUGUAGACGCCAAUGUCCCCGUUUUGGCAGCUGUUUCGGCGUUGAGCAGCAUCACCGGUAAAUCUUCUGGAAGCGGAUCCAGCAGUGGAUCUUCUGGAAGCGGAUCCAGCAGUGGAUCUUCUGGAAGCGGAUCCAGCAGUGGAUCUUCUGGAAGCGGAUCCUCCUCUUCGGGACUUUUGAGUGGACUAACAGGUAGCUCAGGAUCCUCAUCAGAUGGCCUUCUCGGUGGUGUCCUUGGCGGCGUGGUUCCCGUUGUUGGUGAAGUUGUCGGCGACGUUGUUCAAGCAGUGGGACCCGUUCUUGGUGGAGUCCUAAACACGGUGGAGCCCGUUCUCGGAGGUGUCCUAAACACGGUGGAGCCCGUUCUCGGAGGUGUCCUGAACACAGUGGAGCCCGUUCUCGGAGGUGUCCUGAACACAGUGGAGCCCGUUCUCGGAGGUGUCCUGAACACAGUGGAGCCUGUUGUCGGCGACCUGGUUGGCGGAGUUCUUAGUGGCGUGACUGGCUCUAGCUCUAGCUCCUCGAGUUCUCUAAGCGGUGUAACCAACCUUUUGGGAGGUAGUUCCUCUUCAAACGGUUCCUCGUCCAUAAUCGGAAACAGUGCUAGCAGCGGUGCCAAUACUUUGAUCACUGGCAACAACAACAACAUCGUUCGACUGGUGGAUGUCAAUGGAUUGGUCCUUGCCGACAUUCCCAUUUUGAGCAGCAUUACUAACCUUCUGGGAGUGACAGGACUAAUCGGAAACUCAGCCAACAAGGGUCCCAAGACUGUGGUUAUUGGUGACAAUAAUCGUAUUGUCAAGCUGAUCAACGUUGAUCUGUGGGUGUUGGCCUUCCUCGAUGUUCUCAACAUAGUCCGCGGUAGUGGAGGUGUUUGCAACCAGCUUAACUCUGGACCCAACACUGAGAUCAUUGGUAACAACAACGAUGUGGUUCAACUGGUUGAUGUGGAUUUGAGCGUGUUGCUUGUGGUUGAUUUGCUGAGUCACUUGAUCACCAAUGUGGCCAAUGACUGCAGCGGCAAGACCACGACAGUUGCACCCACUCAGUCCCCAACUGAGUCGCCAACUGAGUCGCCAACUGGGUCGCCAACUGAUUCGCCAACGCAGUCUCCCACUGAGACACCCACCUACGGGCCACCCACCAAUGAGCCACCCACCAAUCAGCCACCCACCAAUCAGCCACCCACCGUUCAGCCUCCUACCAAUCAGCCUCCUACCAAUCAGCCUCCUACCAAUCAGCCUCCUACCAAUCAGCCUCCUACCAAUCAGCCUCCUACCAAUCAGCCUCCUACCAAUCAGCCUCCUACCAAUGAGCCACCCACCAACCGCCCGCCGUCGCCCAGUCCCAACAACUGCUAUCGCAGAUACUGCCGCAAGUGGCGCACCCGUCCCAGCUACUUGUGCUACAAGAACUGCGGUGGUGCCUUCGUCUACAAGCCCUAAAUCAGCAACCGUGCACCGCCACCACUACCGAAACCGAGAGAACCACCGAAACCACUGGCUGCACAGGUACUCAAUCUUGUUAUGCGUGGCUCUGCCAGCCGCCCUGCCUUUGGGCAUUUAUUUAUUUUGUCUACUUUCUAAGCAUUCU